AGAAGAGUAGAGGGAGAGAUAGGUAGAAGAGAACAGGGAGAGAUAGGUAGAAGAGAAGAGGGAGAGAGAGAGAGGAAGGGGGGAAAGAGAAGCGCGAAGUAAUUUCUCUUGUCUUGUGUCUUGUCUCAGGACGCCAUGCCUCCCUCGAUGCUGUUCGGUCCUCCCUUCCUCCUCGCCUGCUGUGGCUCCUUCCUCUACCCCGGGGACUGGGGGAGCCCGGGCGAGGGAAAUGGGGUCGUCGCAAUCCUUCCCACGACCACGGCAGUCCCAGAGACGACUUCGGCUCCCAGGACUGUUCCCUAUUCGACGACCGCGCCCCUCCCCGCGUCCGAGGAUACCGUCGUAGAGACCAGCGAGGAGAGCGUCAGGAUUUCCAACUACGACCGCCUGUACGCGAGGCGAGACGGCGCUCUGCCGCGACUCGGCGAUGCGAGGGACGACCCCGAUGCCCACACGACCUCGCGUCCGGACGCAGCCUCGGAGGAGGGACAGGAGGGAGGUCCCUCCUCCCCUUCGCCAGACACCUCGAAGGACGCCCUCAGCGCCCAGCAGGAGGAGGAGCAGGAGGAAGAGGGGCAGCCCCCGCCGCCCCCGCCGCGUCGAGAGGGGGCAGGGCGGGUCCCGACGCCCUGAUCAGGGUGCCCUCGCGCGGCGUCAACGGCUUCGCUCGCUCGAGGAACCUGGUGCGGAUCCACGUGUUGGAGGGCGGCCUCCCCCGGGGCUUCGAGCGAGGGCCGGAGCCCGACGCCGCCCGCCCGGGUGCCAGGAGGCAGCGGGCGGAGGCGCAGGAGGGCGCGGAGGACGGGCCUGAGACGGAGGCCUCUUCGGCGCGGGAGGGAGGAGGGGGGGAGGAGGCGCUGCCCUGACGUGCGGAGGAAACCCGCGGCGGCGGCGGGUCUUGCGGGACAUCAGGCCAGACGGUGUGGGGCGCCGUCUGACUCGAGUUUGUUUUCCGAGAAAGAUUUUGGAAGUUUCUCCGUACAUAGCAUUUGCAUAAUUACCACCUUUGUAUAUCUAUCUAUCAAUCUAUCUAUAUUUUUCUAUAUCAGUCUAUCUAUCUAUAUCUAUCUAUCUAUCUAUC